UACCACCAGAAUGAUCUCAGUGGCCUUUCUCGUGUCAGUGGAACAGAACACAACCAAAUCUGCCGCUUUUUGCUCGGUAUCAUCAUUGAUAUCCGAUUGCCUGGAAAUCUUGACAGUGAUCGCCUUAUUCGUGCUGUUCGUGCCAUCCUCGACUUCCUUUACCUCGCUCAGUACCCUUGCCACACCGAUCAAACUCUCGCGCUUCUCACUGAAGCCCUGACUCGCUUUCAUGACAACAAAAGCAUCUUUGUCGAUCUCGGCAUUCGAGCGAAUUUCAACCUUCCAAAACUCCAUUUCUUCCGUCAUUAUGUGCAUAUGAUCAAACUAUAUGGCACGACUGACAACUACAAUACCGAGUACACCGAACGCUUACAUAUUGAUCUCGCAAAGGAUGCUUACAGAGCUACUAACCAUAAAGAUGAAUAUACGCAAAUGACACUCUGGCUUGAAAGACACGAGAAGAUGUUAUGGCACAAUAAUUUCGUCCAAUGGCGCCUUGCUGGCGAUCCUCCUCCACAAGACAGGUUACCGCCCGACAUGGACUAUCGUCGCUCGAUCAAGAUGACGAAACACCCAACUAUUAGACGUGUUCCAUUGGAUAGUGUAGUUCGCGACUAUGGCGCCACUUUUUUCACCGAAGCAUUAGCUCGUUAUGUCGUUCGCACAAAUCAACCUGGCCUUUCUCCAGCGCAACUUGAACAAGAAGCUUCCCAUGUCAUCCUUCCCUUCCAGACUGUUGCCGCAUUCCAUAGGGUCAAGUUCCAUGCAAUCAAUGCUCACGGACAUCGUGAUUCAACCAUUACCGUGGAUUCAGUGCACUGUCAGCCACCACGAAAGGACAAAAGAAGGCAAAUAGUUCCUGCGCGCUUCGACACGGUUUUAGUUAACGAAGAUGGUGGUGGGAAGACAGGUGUUGAUGGGUAUCGUGUUGCACAAGUGCGCAUCAUCUUCACGCUGACAAGCCAGGCUACAGCUGCCUUAUUUCGCACACCUGGAAUUUUGCCUACCCACUUUGCAUAUGUGGAAUGGUUCAUGCCAUUCGGGCAGCCUGAAGCAAACCAUGGUUUGUAUAAAAUUUCCUGCCUCAUUCGUAAUGGAGAGUGUCUGGCAAGCAUCAUUGACAUUUCUGAUAUUCGCAGGAGUGUACAUCUUAUUCCAAAAUUCGGCCCUGUAGCACCUCGUGAAUGGACCAGUAGUACCGUUCUGGAGCUUUGUUCUACCUUCUUCGUAAACUCGUUCAGCGACAGGCAUGCUUAUUUAACUAUU